CGCGGGCCGGUCCAACCAAUCGCAGCCGUCGGAUCACCUCCGCAAACCCUAGCCACUAAACCCCACCUACUUAACCCGCCCUUCCCACUCCCCUCGCCGCCGCCGCCGCCGCCUCUCUCCAUCGUCCACUCUCCCACGCAGCUCGUCGAGAUGUCGUCCGAAGCGGCGAGGGUGGCGGUGCCGGAGUCGGUGCUCCGGAAGCGGAAGCGCGAGGAGCAGUGGGCGGCCGAGAAGAAGGAGAAGGCCGUGGCCGCGAAGAAGAAGUCCAUUGAGAGCCGCAAGCUCAUCUUCACCCGCGCCAAGCAGUACGCCGAGGAGUACGAGGCCCAGGAGAAGGAGUUGGUGCAGCUUAAGCGUGAGGCCCGGAUGAAGGGUGGCUUCUAUGUCAGUCCUGAGGCAAAGCUGCUCUUUGUUAUCCGUAUCCGUGGUAUCAACGCCAUGCACCCUAAGACCAGGAAGAUCUUGCAGCUUUUGCGUUUAAGGCAGAUCUUCAAUGGUGUGUUCCUGAAGGUCAACAAGGCUACCAUUAACAUGCUCCGCAGAGUUGAGCCAUAUGUUGCAUAUGGGUACCCGAACUUGAAGAGUGUCAGAGAGUUGAUCUACAAGAGGGGCCACGGAAAGCUGAACAAGCAGAGGAUUCCUCUGUCCAACAACCAAGUCAUCGAGGAGGGCUUGGGCAAGCACAACAUUGUCUGCAUUGAGGAUCUUGUUCAUGAGAUCAUGACUGUUGGCCCACAUUUCAAGGAGGCAAACAACUUCCUGUGGCCAUUCAAGCUGAAGGCCCCGCUGGGAGGCCUGAAGAAGAAGAGGAACCACUAUGUGGAGGGUGGUGACGCUGGUAACCGUGAGAACUACAUCAAUGAGCUCAUCAAAAGGAUGAACUAGGUUCACUAGCCUAUUGGCAGCGCCUUGUGUCGGAAGGAGACUGUUAUGUUUAUUUUACAUUAGGAAGUUGAAUCAUGGAUUAAUAUGCAUGCAAUUUUGAUAUUUGGAACUAGAUGUUUAUGGAAGAAAUCUGACCUUUUAUCUGGCGGUUUGGAAUUAUAUUAAAUGACUUAUCCUGAGAUGUGAAUAUUGGUCACCUUUGUAAGACUUGUGGCUUGGGUGCCUGGCCAAUAUAAUGGCAACGUAUCACGGUAUCAUGUGAACUCCA